AACAAUGCUAUUGCCCAGCAUCCAGAGCCUGAAGAAGAGCCAGAAGAAGAGCUUCUGUCAGAAGCUGAGACACCCAAAAUCAAGAAGAAGAAGAAGCCCAAGAAACUAAAGGAACCCAAAGUGCCCAAGCUCAGCAAGCGUCAGAAGAAGGAGCUGGGGGACAGCUCUGGUGAGGGGAACGAGUUUGUGGAGGAAGAAGAGGAGGUGCUGCGCUCUGACAGUGAGGGCAGUGAUUACACUCCUGGGAAGAAGAAAAAGAAGAAAUUGGGGCCUAAGAAGGAAAAGAAAAACAAAGCCAAGCGCAAGGAGGAGGAGGAAGAAGAGGAGGAAGAUGACGACUCAAAGGAGCCGAAGUCAUCUGCUCAGCUUCUGGAAGACUGGGGCAUGGAGGAUAUUGAUCAUAUCUUCACAGAGGAGGAUUACCGUACUCUGACCAACUACAAAGCUUUCAGCCAGUUUGUCAGGCCACUUAUUGCAGCCAAGAACCCUAAAAUAGCAGUGUCGAAGAUGAUGAUGGUACUGGGAGCCAAGUGGAGAGAGUUUAGCACAAACAACCCCUUCAAGGGAAGUUCAGGUGCAUCUGUGGCAGCUGCUGCAGCUGCAGCUGUUGCAGUAGUGGAGAGUAUGGUGACAAACGUGGAUGCUGUCCUGCCGCAGCCCCCUGUAGAUGUGCCGCUCAGGAAAGCCAAGACGAAGGAGGGCAAAGGACCCAAUGCCCGCCGGAAGCCGAAGGCCAGUCCUCGUAUUCCUGAUAUGAAGAAACCUAAAACAAAGAAGGUGGCACCUUUGAAAAUCAAACUGGGGGGAUUUGGUUCCAAGCGUAAAAGAUCAUCAAGUGAAGAUGAUGAUCUGGAUGUGGAGUCAGACUUUGAUGAUGCCAGCAUCAACAGCUACUCUGUUUCAGAUGGAUCUACGAGCCGUAGUAGCCGCAGUCGCAAAAAACUCAAAGCUGGGAAGAAGAAAAAGAAAGGUGAGGAGGACUCCACAGUGGCUGUGGAUGGCUAUGAGACCGAUCACCAGGACUACUGUGAGGUGUGCCAGCAGGGAGGAGAAAUUAUACUGUGUGAUACCUGCCCUCGUGCCUACCACAUGGUUUGCCUGGAUCCAGACAUGGAGAAAGCCCCAGAGGGCAAAUGGAGCUGCCCACACUGUGAAAAAGAGGGCAUUCAGUGGGAAGCAAAGGAGGAUAACUCUGAAGGUGAGGAAAUCCUGGAGGAUGUUGUGGGGGAUGCUGAGGAAGAGGAUGACCACCACAUGGAGUUCUGUAGAGUCUGCAAGGAUGGAGGAGAGCUGCUGUGCUGUGAUGCCUGUCCUUCAUCCUAUCACAUCCACUGUCUGAAUCCCCCAUUGCCAGAGAUUCCCAAUGGAGAGUGGCUGUGUCCUCGCUGCACUUGCCCAGCUUUGAAAGGAAAGGUGCAGAAGAUCUUGAUCUGGAAGUGGGGUCAGCCCCCAGUUGGCCCUCCACCUCCACGUCCACCUGAUGCAGACCCUAAUGCUCCUCCCCCGAAGCCUCUGGAGGGUCGGCCUGAGAGGCAGUUCUUUGUCAAAUGGCAGGGCAUGUCCUACUGGCACUGCUCCUGGGUGUCCGAGUUGCAGCUGGAGCUGCACUGCCAGGUCAUGUUUCGAAAUUACCAACGCAAAAAUGAUAUGGAUGAGCCACCCUCAGGGGACUUUGGAGGGGAGGAGGAGAAAAGCCGAAAGAGAAAGAACAAGGACCCCAAAUAUGCUGAGAUGGAGGAGCGCUUCUAUCGAUACGGGAUCAAACCUGAGUGGAUGAUGAUCCACAGGAUCCUUAAUCAUAGUGUGGAUAAGAAGGGGAAUGUCCACUAUUUGAUUAAAUGGCGAGACCUACCCUAUGACCAGGCAUCCUGGGAAAGUGAAGAUGUGGAUAUCCAAGAUUAUGACCUCUACAAGCAAGCCUACUGGAAUCACAGGGAGCUGAUGAGAGGUGAAGAGGGCAGGCCUGGUAAGAAGUUAAAGAAAGUGAAGAUGCGGAAACUGGAAAGGCCCCCUGAGACUCCCACGGUAGAUCCAACAGUGAAAUAUGACCGGCAACCAGAGUACCUCGAUGUAACAGGGGGGACCUUGCAUCCCUACCAACUGGAAGGACUGAACUGGCUGCGCUUCUCUUGGGCCCAGGGCACAGAUACAAUCUUGGCUGAUGAAAUGGGUCUGGGAAAGACUGUGCAGACAGCUGUGUUCCUAUAUUCCUUAUACAAAGAGGGCCACUCAAAGGGUCCCUUCUUGGUGAGUGCCCCGCUGUCCACAAUCAUCAACUGGGAACGAGAAUUUGAGAUGUGGGCCCCAGAUAUGUAUGUAGUGACCUACGUUGGGGACAAAGACAGCCGGGCCAUCAUCCGUGAGAAUGAGUUCACUUUUGAGGAUAAUGCCAUACGUGGAGGCAAAAAAGCAUCCAGAAUGAAGAAGGAGGCUGCUGUGAAGUUCCACGUGCUCCUCACUUCCUAUGAACUGAUCACAAUUGAUAUGGCCAUACUAGGCUCUAUUGACUGGGCCUGCCUCAUUGUGGAUGAAGCUCACAGGCUGAAAAACAAUCAGUCGAAGUUCUUCCGUGUGCUGAACGGUUACUCCCUCCAGCACAAGCUGCUGCUUACAGGAACUCCCCUGCAGAACAACCUGGAAGAACUGUUCCACCUGCUGAACUUCCUGACGCCAGAGAGAUUCCAUAACUUGGAGGGCUUCCUAGAAGAGUUUGCAGAUAUUGCCAAGGAAGAUCAGAUCAAGAAGCUCCAUGACAUGCUGGGCCCACACAUGCUGAGGCGUCUCAAAGCUGAUGUUUUCAAGAACAUGCCAUCUAAGACUGAACUCAUUGUCAGAGUGGAGUUGAGCCCCAUGCAGAAAAAAUAUUAUAAAUAUAUUUUGACAAGAAACUUUGAAGCACUGAAUGCACGGGGUGGUGGUAACCAAGUCUCCUUGCUCAAUGUUGUUAUGGAUCUGAAGAAGUGCUGUAACCACCCCUACCUCUUUCCUGUGGCUGCUAUGGAAGCUCCAAAAAUGCCAAAUGGCAUGUAUGACGGUAGUGCACUUAUUCGAGCCUCUGGAAAGCUGUUGCUGCUCCAGAAGAUGUUAAAGAACCUUAAGGAAGGAGGUCACAGAGUGCUCAUAUUCUCUCAGAUGACUAAAAUGUUGGACCUUCUAGAGGACUUCUUGGAACAUGAAGGGUACAAAUAUGAGCGGAUUGAUGGAGGAAUAACAGGGAACAUGCGUCAGGAGGCUAUUGAUCGCUUCAAUGCUCCUGGUGCUCAGCAGUUCUGCUUUCUGCUUUCAACUCGAGCUGGAGGUCUGGGUAUUAACUUGGCCACAGCAGAUACUGUGAUUAUCUAUGAUUCAGACUGGAACCCCCACAAUGAUAUCCAGGCCUUCAGUCGUGCACACAGAAUUGGACAGAACAAGAAAGUGAUGAUAUACCGCUUUGUGACAAGGGCCUCAGUGGAGGAGCGUAUCACUCAGGUGGCCAAGAAGAAAAUGAUGCUAACUCAUCUGGUAGUGAGACCAGGGUUGGGCUCCAAGACAGGCUCCAUGUCCAAACAGGAACUUGAUGACAUUCUCAAAUUUGGCACUGAAGAGCUCUUCAAGGAUGAGGCUACUGAGGGGGGUGAGUGCCUGGGAGUAGAACUGAAGGAGGUGGGGAGGUCUGGCUCCUGGUUCAGUGAGUGACUAGAGGUCUAGGGUGCAUUCUCUGUCCUAGUCCCUUGAGAUCCACACAGCAACUGUGCCUGUGCUCUUCCCUCAGGGGAUAACAAAGAAGGUGAGGACAGCAGUGUUAUCCACUAUGAUGACAAAGCAAUUGAGCGUCUGUUGGAUCGGAACCAGGAUGAAACAGAAGAUACAGAACUUCAGGGCAUGAAUGAGUAUCUCAGCUCCUUCAAGGUGGCCCAGUACGUGGUUCGUGAAGAGGAGAUGGGGGUGAAGGAGGUUGAACGGGAGAUCAUCAAGCAGGAGGAAUCAGUGGAUCCUGAUUACUGGGAGAAACUGCUGCGUCACCAUUAUGAACAGCAACAGGAGGAUCUGGCCAGGAAUCUGGGCAAGGGCAAACGCAUUCGCAAGCAAGUUAACUACAAUGAUGGCUCACAGGAGGAUAGAGACUGGCAGGAUGACCAGUCAGAUAAUCAGUCAGACUAUUCAGUUGCUUCUGAAGAAGGAGAUGAGGACUUUGAUGAGAGGUCUGAAGGUAAGUUCUGGUGAAGCCAGACAGCUCGUCGGCCUAGCCGCAAAGGCCUGAGAAACGAUAAGGAUAAGCCACUGCCUCCCUUACUUGCCCGUGUGGGAGGGAACAUUGAGGUCUUGGGUUUCAAUGCCCGCCAGAGGAAAGCCUUUCUCAACGCUAUCAUGCGCUAUGGAAUGCCACCUCAGGAUGCCUUCACCACUCAGUGGCUUGUUCGAGACCUCCGUGGCAAGUCAGAGAAAGAGUUCAAGGCCUAUGUCUCACUGUUCAUGCGCCAUUUGUGUGAACCUGGAGCUGAUGGUGCAGAGACCUUUGCAGAUGGGGUCCCACGGGAAGGUCUUUCUCGACAGCAUGUCCUUACUCGCAUUGGGGUCAUGUCACUUAUACGCAAAAAGGUACAGGAAUUUGAGCAUGUGAAUGGCCGUUGGAGUAUGCCAGAACUGGCAGAGAUAGAAGAGAACAAGAAACUUUCACAGCCAAGCUCACCCUCUCCCAAAACUCCAACUCCUUCAACGCCAGGGGAUACGCAGCCAAAUACACCUGCCCCUGUUCCUCCACCUGAAGAAGGAAUAAAAGUAGAAGAAGGAGCCAAUGCUAAAGAGCAAGGAGAGUCAUCUGAACCAGAGAAAGAGCUCAGUGCCUCUGCUACUGAAACAGAGGUCCCUAUGGAGUGUGCCCAGCCCGUGGAGACACCGCCACAGGAAGCAAAAUCCCCAGUGAACCCCACAGAAGCAGAUGAAAAAAAAGUAGAGGAACCAGAGGUGAAGGAAAGACCAGAUGAGCCAAUGGAAGUGGAAAGCAAAGCUGAUGUGGAGAAAGUGGAAGACAGAGCACCUAUUGAGAAUCCCCCUGAACCUCCCAUAAUCACCCUGGAUGAGAAAGAUGAGAAAAAGGAUGAUGAUAAGAGAGAUGUGGUGAUGCUGCAGAAUGGAGAGAUGCUGAAGGAGUCGGUAGAUGAAAGGCACAAGAAGGCAGUAAAGCAGCGCUUCAUGUUCAACAUAGCAGAUGGUGGCUUCACUGAACUACACUCCCUGUGGCAGAAUGAAGAGCGGGCUGCAACUGUCACAAAGAAGACCUAUGAGAUCUGGCAUCGGCGUCACGACUACUGGCUCCUUGCUGGGAUUAUCAAUCAUGGCUACGCCCGUUGGCAGGAUAUUCAGAAUGAUCCACGUUACGCCAUCCUCAAUGAACCCUUCAAGGGUGAGAUGAACAGGGGAAACUUCCUGGAAAUAAAGAAUAAAUUCUUGGCGAGGAGAUUUAAGCUCCUGGAGCAGGCGCUGGUGAUCGAGGAGCAGUUGCGGCGAGCUGCCUAUCUGAACAUGUCAGAGGACCCAUCUCAUCCAUCGAUGGCUCUGAACACGCGCUUUGCAGAGGUGGAAUGCCUGGCUGAGAGCCACCAGCACCUAUCCAAGGAGUCAAUGGCUGGGAAUAAACCAGCCAAUGCUGUGCUGCACAAAGUUCUGAAGCAGUUGGAGGAGCUUUUGAGUGACAUGAAGGCAGAUGUGACUCGUUUGCCUGCCACCAUUGCCCGGAUCCCCCCUGUGGCAGUACGCCUCCAGAUGUCGGAGCGCAACAUCCUAAGCCGGCUGGCCAACCGCAGCAGUGAGCCCCCUCCACCGCCACCUCCCCAACAAGUGGCCCAGCAGCAGUGAGUCCCUGGCCCAAUGCUGUUGACCUUUUGGCCAAGCUGAAGUGACCCCCCCUCCCCACCCCACCCCUUCACGCUCUACCCCUCUGCCUGACAUUCCUGACUGGGUGCUGUUUCCCUCCAUGGAAGCUGUGGUGCAGGUCUCUGGGAGGAGAAGGAACUCCUUCCUCUGCCGCCAGCCCGUUGGAGCAAGGAGUGUGCUUAGGAAAGAGGGGGAUGUAUGAUGGACUCUGUACAUAGUGACUGGAGGCCACAGCGCCAUGUCUGUUACACGGAGAACCUGGCUGCAUUGCUUGCUGCCUCCGCCUGGAAUUCCAGUUUUUGUUUUUAAUUUUAUUUUGAGUUUGUUUACUGAGAUGAGUGCGCAGGCAAGACCAAGCAAAAGCCAGGACAGAGACAAAGCUACCUCCAUCAAGAUCCUUUUUAAUAGAAAAAACUGACUGGACUUGUCUACUAAUAAGCAGCUUGAAGACAAAAACAAAAAAAAAAAAACAGAACAAAACCUUGGUAAAACUGAAAAAUAAAGUUUCCUUGUAUUUUA